AUGCCUCGUUUUGGAACUAUUCUCAUGAUGCCUGGCAUCACGCAUGGCGACCAUAAAAUGUUUCAGGAAGUCAUGGAAGGCAUCGGUUUUUUAACAGUUCUGUCAGGUUCUAUGUUCAUUGGCAGCUAUUUUGCAGGAUCUGUACCGAUGAUGUUCAGUAUGUCCGAGUCAAGAAUGCGCAUGGUAAGCAUUUUCGGAGCUGGACUACUUCUAGGGACUGCCUUAUCUGUGAUCAUUCCAGAAGGAGUGGAAUCUCUCUACACUGCGCAUACAGAGAAGCCACAUCCUGAGUUUUCUGGAAUAAAUAAUCCUGCAAAAGCCAAAGCAAUUCUCGAAGACACAAAACAUGAGAAAGUUGAGCCGCCACGCAUUAUCCCCAAAGACGUCAAGGUCAAAAUCGCUGAAAAUGGGCUGGGGAACCCUAAAGUAAGGAGGAAGCGUGAUACUUCAAGCAAAGCUGACUUUCUUUCACCAUUAGACGAAACAAGUGUGAUACGACGAAAGCGUGACAAUGGUUGGUCUUUUCUUCUUCUAUGCUGGCGUAAGCCGUUCACUAAACCCCGUUUUCUCCUGAUCUUUAUUGAUUGCAUGAUAUUUAAUACCACGGUACAAGAUGGUCUAGAUGGGUGGGCUAUAACAUUGAAUAUUAGCAUAUAG